CCACAAAGGAGGCGUGAUGUGUGCGCGCCCAGCUCGAAUGAGCAGAGGGUGCUUUUGGCUGGUGUAGGUUUGGCUGCAGGGGCUCCGCGGCCACGCCGAGCUCAGGAUACCUUUGACCAAGAGAUUCGCAGAGGUACCGCCAGGUCAGACGACUAGGCUCCAUCCAACAUGCUCGCACCACUGCGUAGUGCGCUUCAGCUCCUCGGCGCACCUGGCACGUCGCUCGGCACCGUUUUAAGGCGAUCAGUUCUAUCUUUCCUUCAGUUUUGCACUUCAAAUCAGGCUGGCAGCCGAGAAGGUCAAUGGGGAGAAUAUGGUGAAUGGCUGAUAACUGCGUCCGUGUGCGCGCACGGAGCAAUGGACUGCAGUUUUACUUGAAGAAGCACUCACAUGGAGAAGCCAGAGAAGUAUCUCUCGUCGGCGCAGGGGGUUGACUAUGUGUCGGCACCCUUCGGCGAGAUUAUGUGGAACAGCACCGAAACGGAGGCGACAAAGGACGGCGGGAAGGAUGUGCUUGUGCGUACGCUGACGGGCUGCCUGCUGUCGCUGCUCAUCCUAUGGACCCUGCUUGGCAACAUCAUGGUCUGCUCCGCGGUUCUGCGCUUUCGACACCUGCGGACCAAAGUGACCAACAUUUUCAUCGUCUCUCUGGCUCUGUCGGAUUUAUUCGUGGCCAUCCUGGUGAUGCCGUGGAAAGCUGUGGCAGAAGUGGCGGGCUACUGGCCAUUUGGCACUUUCUGUAACGUCUGGGUGGCUUUCGACAUUAUGUGCUCCACCGCCUCCAUCCUCAACCUCUGCAUCAUCAGCGUGGAUAGAUACUGGGCCAUCUGCAGCCCCUUCCGCUACGAGAGGAAAAUGACCCAGCGAGUUGCCUUUGUCAUGAUAAGCGUAACCUGGACGUUGUCUGUGCUCAUUUCAUUCAUACCGGUCCAGCUAAACUGGCACAAAGACAGCGGCGAGGACUUGGCUGGGACGCGCAACUCUUCCGCGAGUCCGCAGAUGGAAGAAAACUGUGACUCCAGCCUGAGCAGAGAGUACGCUAUAUCUUCCUCCCUGAUAAGUUUCUAUAUUCCCGUAGCAAUUAUGAUUGUGACGUACACCAGAAUAUACCGGAUUGCACAAAUACAAAUAAGAAGAAUCGCCUCGCUGGAGAGAGCGGCAGAGCACGCGCAAAGUUGCCGGACAAACCGAAUAGAGUGCCAACACCACAACACAUUGAAAACCUCGAUCAAACGGGAAACCAAAGUGUUCAAAACCCUGUCGGUGAUCAUGGGUGUCUUUGUGUGUUGCUGGUUACCUUUCUUCAUCCUAAACUGCAUGGUCCCGUUCUGCGACAGGCCGGCCGCCGACCGGGACGCGGGUCUGCCGUGCGUCAGCGAGACGACUUUCGAUGUCUUCGUGUGGUUCGGCUGGACCAACUCCUCCCUGAACCCCAUCAUUUACGCCUUCAACGCCGAGUUCAGAAAGGCCUUCGCCAGCCUGUUGGGCUGCCGCAAUUUCUGCUCCAACACGCCGGUGGAAACUGUCAACAUCAGCAACGAGCUGGUGUCAUACAACCAAGACACCCUCAUCCACAAGGAAAUGGCGAACGCGUACGUGAACAUGAUCCCCAACGUGGUUGAAUGUAUCGAGCACGAAGAUGCUUUUGACAGGAUCUCGCAGUUUUCGCACAACCACGAAAACGCCACCGACUCUAUUUGUGACUUGGAGGACUGCGAGGCCGACAUAAGUCUGGACGCCAUGUCACCGUUCACGCCCAACGGAUUACACUGACUCCCGCUUAUUUGGAUGUAUUGGCGACAAUGCCGUCGCUCCAUUCUCCUAUUUGAUUCCAGAAGCUGCUCAACACUACCAACCCCCCAACAACACCAACACCGCCCAUACCUCCCAGCUUAGGGUCCACUGAGCCGAUCAGCGGCCAUUGCAGCUGAUGAGGGAUCAAGUGACUUUGCUCAUGGACACUAGUGCAGAGCCACGCUGAUCCCGCAUUGCGUCAUGUAUGACAUGUGAUGUUGUUGUCCUGUUCUGGAAAAAAAAGAAGUGAUGUUUCGGUAUUUAUUUACAAGUGAAGUCUGUGUUCAUUUGUUCAAAGAUUUGGUGUCGUUGAAGAUGUUGUUUACCGGAAGGCUUUACUCAGAGCGUCCGCGUCUUAUGUCCAUCCAAAAAAAAAAUGUUUGUAAAAACUCACCUGAGGAAUAAUAAUCGAAACCUUUUGCUGCUUAAAAACGUAGUAUGUCCAUUUCCCGCCUUUCCACAAAGUAAGAAAACGGAAGCCUUACGGACCAGCCAAGAUAGCUCUACUCAAAUGCAGUCAUUUCGUCGCCUUAUCUUGUUUAGGAAGGAGGUUCGAGACGUGAACGGAAUGUGUCCUAUGAAGUUACAUGAAGCCAAAAUGCAGUAUUAAAAGUUUUUACCCACAGCACCCACCGCCCUCAACAUACGCUCUCUGCACCACGGCUGAUGCAGCAAUUGUAAAAGGUACGAGCCCUAAUAAUAUGAACAUUUAAAAGUUAGGCCUGUUUACACUGGAGUCUCAACCACAGAAAAGAAUGCAGACUGUCCUGAAUGGCCAAAGAUUUCAAGCUGUAUCAAUAACAUUGACACAAUAAGGCUCCAGUGGCCCAUCACACACACACACCCACACAACACAAACACGCACACACACACACACGUACGCACAAGGAUACUGGGCCAACAAGACUGGAUGUCAUAAAUCACCUCUCCAAAACCUCUCUAUCUUUGUACUGUACAAAUGAGCUGAUCUGAAUGUAUGCUACUGUCCUUUAACAGUGAAGUGUGUCAUCAUUUGUCUAAUAAAAUGCCAUCAUGCUGAAAGAAA